AUGGAGACAGAUCUACUGACCCCACAUAUAGAGACAGAUCUACUGACCCCACAUAUAGAGACAGAUCUACUGACCCCACACAUAGAGACAGAUCUACUGACCCCACAUCUGGAGACCGAUCUACUGACCCCACAUCUAGAGACAGAUCUACUGGCCCCACAUCUAGAGACGGAUCUACUGACCCCACAUCUGGAGACAGAUCUACUGACCCCACAUCUAGAGACAGAUCUACUGACCCCACAUCUAGAGACAGAUCUACUGACCCCACAUCUAGAGACAGAUCUACUGACCCCACAUCUAGAGACAAAUCUACUGACCCCACAUCUAGAGACAGAUCUACUGACCCCACAUAUAGAGACAGAUCUACUGACCCCACAUAUAGAGACAGAUCUACUGACCCCACAUAUAGAGACAGAUCUACUGACCCCACAUAUAGAGACAGAUCUACUGACCCCACAUAUAGAGACAGAUCUACUGACCCCACAUCUGGAGACCGAUCUACUGACCCCACAUCUAGAGACAGAUCUACUGACCCCACAUAUAGACAGAUCUACUGACCCCACAUAUAGAGACAGAUCUACUGACCCCACAUAUAGAGACAGAUCUACUGACCCCACAUCUAGAGACAGGUCUACCGACCCCACAUCUAGAGACAAAUCUACUGACCCCACAUCUAGAGACAGAUCUACUGACCCCACAUAUAGAGACAGAUCUACUGACCCCACAUAUAGAGACAGAUCUACUGACCCCACAUAUAGAGACAGAUCUACUGACCCCACAUCUAGAGACCGAUCUACUGACCCCACAUCUAGAGACAGAUCUACUGGCCCCACAUCUAGAGACAGAUCUACUGACCCCACAUCUGGAGACAGAUAUACUGACCCCACAUCUAGAGACAGAUCUACUGGCCCCACAUCUAGAGACAGAUCUACUGACCCCACAUCUGGAGACAGGUCUACUGACCCCACAUCUAGAGACAGGUCUACCGACCUCACAUCUAGAGACAGGUCUACCGACCUCACAUCUAGAGACAGGUCUACCGACCUCACAACUAGAGACAGGUCUACCGACCCCACAUCUAGAGACAGAUCUACCGGCCCCACAUCUAGAGACAGAUCUACCGACCCCACAUCUAGACACAGAUCUACCGGCCCCACAUCUCAACAUUAUUUAUGAGAGAACAAUCAUCUGUACUGCAGUUCCUGUUCCCUUCGUGAGAUUCAACGUACAGUUGAAGUCGGACAUUUACAUACACCUGAGCCAAAUACAUUUCAACUCAGUUCUUGACAAUUCCUGACAUUUAAUCCUCGUAAAAAUUCCCUGUCUUAGAUCAGUUAGGAUCACC